AGCCACUUCUUGGAUGCAUGUUUUUUUGAGACUGAUAUGUCAGAAGUUGGAUCUGAGACGUACAAAUCUCAAAUGUUGUGGGGAAACCUGUCAUCCCUAUAUACUACAUAAGUACUACCGUAGUUAGUGAUAACAACCGUUGCUUUACAUACACUGCAGUAACAAUUAUUUAUGCAAUACAAUAAUAUAUGCAACUACUGCAUGUUUGUAAGUGUCACACUAUGAAAUAUUAUGAGGGAAUAAUUUUUGCACCACUGGCUUGCAAUCACUGCUGCAUGGGCCAUUUUAAAUAGCGCAUUAUUGCAGCAACAGCCUCUAAAGCUUCUUGAAGCACCAAGCAUAAAAAUGCUAAAUCCAAUCUUUUAUGCACAAAUAAAUAGAAGGUCAUCUUUCUUUUUCAAGGUUUGACACCUAUGACCUCCAUUCUUAACAUCAGAUAUCACCAAAAGAAAGAACUUCAGUCCACACUGCUCUUGUUUGCUAAUAAAUCUGAAGAGGAUAUUUUGUGGAGGGAUAAGCUAGAACAAGUCUGUCGUUUAUCACCCCAAUUUGGAGUUGUACACAUUUUAUCAUCACCAUCUUCAAGCUGGAAAGGUGUAACUGGAAAAAUAUCCCUCUCACUACUUGCUACGCAUCUACCCCAGCCAUCUGAUGACACAAGAAUCUGUGUCAGUGGACCACUACUCUUUUCUAGAACUAUGUGGGAGUAUUUGAUGCAGCUGAAAUUCCCCAGUGAAGCUGUUUACUGUUUUGAUUAGCAUUUUAAUUAUACUUCGUGUUUUUACAUGAUGGUUUUCAAUUCCGGUCCAGUCAAUAAGCAUAUACAUGACCCUUGGCCCCCCC